UGCUGCUUGUGUGUUCAAACGGAUCAUACGACUUCGUAGAUUAGAGGAGAACCCCAGUAUUGUCCUUCAUCCCAUGGUUUUGCGCACAUAAAGUCGUACGAUGCGGCCAACAGCUCUGUGGAGCUCGACUCUGUUCGCAGCUACAGUUAUUGCUAACCCGCAUCUGCCCAUUAGGCUAAAUUCCACUCGGAUUGAACUGGGCAGAACUUCGACAUCAUCACCACUGCCAUCAUCUUCUUUCGUUUCACGGUCAACAGAUCAGACAUCGUUUUCGGAAACAUACCCACUACCUUCAGCAACUUCGCUAUCCGAAUAUUCGACAUCUAAUAAUGUCUCAACAUCGUUUUCGUCAAGCACCCUGACUAAUUCCAUUGGAUCCUCGAUAUCAACUUCAUCCAGCCAAGGCACGAAUACGUCUGCUCCACAUCGUACAGGAGUAUGCACGGGCUGUAGACUCGAGGCCUUUCAGCCCACCGUGUUGUCUUUUAGAGACUCUUGGUCUAGCACAUGGACUUCAGUUGUAGUCACAGAAACCAUUUUGACUGUCUUCAUCACAUACGACGAUGCUACCAUUACAGAAUAUACAACGAUAGAACAGACGAGUGCUGUCACCGGAAUCACGAAUGAGACUAUUACAGCAACGGCACCCUACUUCACGUGGCUCCCUACCCCAGGAAUGACCGUAACUCUUGCUGCUGGGCCCACAUAUGUUGCUUACACAGAAUUUUACGGGGGACUCGAGUCCCUGGCUGUUCCAACCCCUACGAACGAGUUUCCGAUUACUCCUGUGCCAGAACCGACUUGUCAGGUCUCUACAUCUCAGAUUUUCCUCACUCCAAGUGCUGUAGAAGACUACUCAUACUACAUUGAGACCUUCGUGGAUAAGGCACCGACGAUUGAUCCUUUCAAACCCCAACUGUUGCCUCCGGCUCUUAUUAAUCAUCUCAAGAGCAAUUCUCAGAUUAUGUCCGAUUUCAGCGGCGCGGAUAUAGCAACUUGUACAGUAGGAGCAACUCCCUCACCGCCAAUGUUGUCCGAACCUGCCUCAACUCCAACUGUUGAACCAAUCUUCUCGUCUAUGACUCAGAUAUUUCCCACGCCUCCUCCGCAGACCGUAACUACGGGCACUUAUAUAAGCAAAACUUAUAUCGGAACGGAUAAGCACGUCACACGAAACGGAUGCCUUCGAUGCUCUACGCCUGACAACAUUCUUCCAGCACCUACUGAUCAUCCAAACGAUCCGUCAAAGUCAGAGAAGCUUGAUCCACCUUCACCUCCCAACAACCCCACAGCGCCCUCCAACAAUCCCAAUGUGAAUACUCCACCACCUGGCCCAGGCCAGACAAAUAGCAAUCCACAACGGCCACCUGCGCCAACUAAUCCUCCCGUUCUUACCUUCGGGACAAACACUGUCACGCCAAACUCCGGAGGAAACUUCGUCAUUGGAUCACAGACCCUCAGUCCCGGAGGUCCGGCAAUCACGGUGAAUGGGAACACGGUCAGCAUUGGGCCAAGUGGAACCAUUGCUGUCGUCAAUGGAGUGACGCAAACCCUUGGAAAUGCACCGCCGAUUACUCCUCCACCUGUACUCACGGCUGGUAGUCUGACUGUUCCUGCAACGAUAAUCGGGGGGACCACACAAUUCGUCGUUGCACCUGGUCAGACAUUAACCCCUGGCGGUGUUCUCACAGUCAAUGGAAACACAUUCAGCAUGCCUGCAGAUGGCCAUGGAUCAACGAUUGUUAUCAAUGGAGUGACGUCGACAUUGAACGGUGGCGGCAUUCCCGUGUUGACGAGAGAAGGAGAAGGAGUUACAGCAUCAGUGAACCAAGGCACAACGGCUUUUGUAUUCGGUCCUGGGCAAACACUCACACCUGGAGGCCAAAUUACCGUAUCUGGAACUACCUUUUCCAUGCCUGCGUCGGCAUCAGGUACUGUCAUAGUCAUUAACGGUGUCACCACAACACUAGGUCAAUCACCAAUCACCGCUGCAGCCGUGCUUACUGUUGAUGGCAAGACCUACUCAGCUACAGUGAGGGAUGGAACGACUGAAUACGUACUUGGGCCCGGGACAACUUUGAGACCUGGGGAUGCCAUCACUGUCUCGGGUACAACAUACUCACUCGACCCGAGUGGUACCGCAUUGGUCGUCAACGGAAAAACGAGCACAAUACCGAAGACACCUCUGAGCAAUAGCGCCACCACUACACGAUCUUCAUCCAAGUCCGAUUCCGCAAGGUCAUCGUCGACAAGUCAGGAACGCGACCCAGGCAACUUUAUUGCUAGCGGGAUAGGCAUUAGCAGCAGCGGAGCAGCAGCAAUCGAAAGGCCAAUGGGACUGGACAGAGUGGUCGAGGGCUGGUUCAUUGGCAUUGCUGGCUGGGUGUUAUUAUUCGUGUAGACGGCGAGGAUCUGGUUAUCCACAAAGGAAAAGGGAAAGUUGCUACCUGAAUAUUUCGUUUGGCGUUUGGGUUUUCGCGGGUUAGGCAUUGGUGAGGUUGGUUUCGAUAUCCUAUCAUUGACGCAGGGGCGGUGUGUUCAAUAUACUGACUCAGGCGCCCGUGGUGUUAAUGUCCCGAUCACGUUAAUAUGGCUUCUCUCAUGAUGUUACGAGUUGGUAGAUAUGGAAAAUAAGGAGUAUUUGGAAUGUGUAAUAUAAUGGAAUUUAACAAUAACUGUUCUCAUCUUCUUUACCAAAUUCCAU